AUGGCAUCAGUACUGGACACUGGAUUCUCUGCUGUCAUCCUGAAAUCGCAUAACCCAAAAAAGCAAGAGGUGCUCGCUGAAGGCGCCGAAGCAUUCUCGGCAUUUUUUGAAGAUUGCCGUAAUGCAUUCCAUCAAGAAUACACUAGGCCGCGCAAACGUGCAAAACUAGAACUUGCAGAGAACCUGGACUCAGCUCAUACGUUUUCUGGACCAGGAAUAACCAUCGCUCGCCUCGACAUCAACUUACGGCCAUCUGCAAACACAACCAACCACAAUGACUUGUCCACUGUGCUAGGAGACGAUAUUGAAGUCGGACUUGUUGACGCAUGCGAUUUGACCUCUUCACAGCCUACUCUGUCCCUGGUCGGCCAUGCUGGCUAUAAAAAGAGCCCAUUACUGCAAAUCCAAACCACGAAUUCUAUAUCGUCAUCCACAGCCGAUCUGCUCUCGCGUAUAGUGAGCCUCGAGAAACGAUCCAGACGAAAUGUCAAACCAGGAAUUUGCCGAUCUACAUGUCUUCUGCAUCGUUCAGCUGGUUCCCCGGGUCCUGUGUAUACAUUGGAAUGCAGCAUUACAUGGUCUGACGGCGAGUCGGCUUUUGGUCCUCUAGCAACCAAAAAAGAAGAUUGGACAACUCUUACUCAAUUCUUCCCGGAGCCCAAGAACGUUCAGCCAAAGUCCUGGACCCCACAAGAAUUCUAUGCUAGCGUGCACUCUCCGCCAAACGAUGCGUCUAUACCCGAAUUGAUCGAAUGCAAAGUACUUGAAAGCGAUUUGUAUCCCUUUCAGAAACGUGCUGUAGCAUGGAUGCUUGGUCGAGAAACUCCAUCCCACGACCACUCCCAGAAGCGAUUGUCCUACACGCAACUUCAUGAUGCAAUGGGACAGCCAUGCUUCGUCAGUCAUCUGGAGGGUGUCGUGUGCUCGCCUACCCAUUUUGCUGCUUUUGAAGAGCCGCAGGGUGGCGUCCUUUCUGAAGAAAUGGGAUUAGGUAAAACUGUUGAGCUCAUAGCGCUGAUAUGUCUCAACAAGCAAGACUCGACUGAGGUGGCCACCGAAGAUGCAGUAACGCAACCCUUUGUCAAAUCUCGAGCAACAUUGAUUGUCACGCCACCGACCAUCUUACAACAAUGGAAAGACGAGUUGGCUCGCCACGCUCCUGGUCUAUCAGUCUUACACUAUAAGGGUGUCUCUGAUGCUCAAUCAUCCAAGAAGGGAGACCAGUCGAUUGUUGCGGAUCUGGCACAACGUGACGUGGUCCUCACAACAUACUCUGUGUUAGCAAAAGAGGUCUAUUUCGCUGUCGAUCCUCCUGAACGUUCACUACGACAACGAGAACACAAACGCACUCGACCUCGUAGCCCUCUAGUGCAGAUGUAUUGGUGGAGAGUCUGUCUAGAUGAGGCACAAAUGGUCGAAUCGGGAGUCAGUGCAGCAGCUCAAGUGGCCUCUCUCCUACCACGAAAGCACGCAUGGGCAGUCUCUGGCACGCCUCUAAAGAAAGAUGUGCAGGACCUCUUCGGCCUUCUCGUAUUUCUCAGAUAUCAACCGUACUGCAAUUCCUCAGCAAUCUGGAACCGUCUGAUACACCAAUACGGGGAUGUUUUUAAAACUCUGUUCGGUCGCAUCACACUGCGUCAUACCAAAGAUCAAGUACGGCACGAACUUCGGUUGCCACUUCAGAGAAGAGUCGUCUUGACUUUACCAUUCACACAGAUCGAGGACCAAAACUACAAGACAUUGUUCGAAACAAUGUGUGAGGAAUGCGGAUGUAAUUUCGAUGGUUCUCCGCUUACUCAUAGCUGGGACCCAGAGUCGCCUGCGUUAUUAGCAAGGAUGCGAACUUGGCUCUGUCAGUUACGUCAAACUUGUCUGCACCCACAAGUCGGUGGCAGGAACAGAAGAGCGCUCGGACGUGGUCAAGGUCCUUUGCGCACGGUGGCCGAAGUCCUGGAAGUCAUGAUUGAUCAGAACGAGACGUCAAUUCGUACAGAAUCUCGUCUUGUCAUCAACACCCAGCUGCUCAGGGGUCACAUCAUUGGCAACGCAAAGGACGACGAACACAGAGCUGAGAAGGCUUUGGAAGUAUAUAAGUCCGCACUCGAGGCGUCCGAACAAAUCGUGGCUGAAUGCAGGGCUGAUUUGGCUCGGACAGCUACUCACGGGAUUGACCAUGAAAAGAAAAUCGACGACUCAGAAGAUGAGAAGUCAGCAGAAGAAAUUGCAGAGGGACGCCAUAAAGUUUCUCUGUACUUUGCUUUGCAACUGCAACAUGCGUGUGCUUUCUUCGUCGGCACCUCCUAUUUCCAGAUGAAGUCCAACACCAAUAUCACCGAGCCAGACUCAGACAAGUUUCGAGAAUUGGAGGCACAAGAGUCGCUCUUCUAUGACACCGCCAAGCUGACUCGCAAGGAGAUUCUCAAUGAAGAGUCCUCCAAAGCUGAAAGGCUCAUGCAGAAGAUAGAGCAAGAGAAAGAUGUGAUUCUUGAACGAUCUGGUUUAGCAGCCAUGGAAAGUCCUGGAGGUGUGGAGAACGUCAAAAUAAUUCACAAAGCCCACGAUCUUGCUAGAAUCAUGAAUGCGCAAGCGAAAUUGAUCGAUGAAUGGAAACAAAAGGCUACUGAUCUGUUGCUCAAGCCUCUGGUCGACAAAGAUGACGAAAACGUCGAGACCACUGGUGAUGAGUAUGAAGAUUCCACAAAAUCUCAGGAUACAUUGAACGCAUACCUAGAUGCCCUGCGAGCCCUUGUUGCCGAUCGCUCGACCUGUAUCACCGGACAAAGCGCGCCUCUUGUUGAUCAGGAGGUUAAGUCUCUGAUUCAAAUGGCCAAACUAGGCAACGGACAUGCACCAGAGCUUAUACUCGAGUUACUCGCCGAGCGUAAUCGUUUAAAGCAGAAGCCUGAUGAUGUGUUGUCCUUGCGUGGCUUGGUCCACGAGAUUCGCGGCAUCGAAACAGCACUUGACUGGCAAGAUGGAAACGCACGCGCUAGUGCUGAACUUCAGAUUAUUCGCAGUCAAGCAAAACAACUCGGUCUCAUUGCAGAGAGAGAAACGAAAGUGCUGAAGAGUCUUGAGGAGAUGAUCGAACUCUUCUCUGCUACGAUGAAUAAGCGUUUGGAUUUCUACCGCCAACUACAGGUGAUUUCGGAUACUGUUGCACCUUAUAAAGAGGAGUGGGACGACACUCUCGAUGUGGUAGCUCUGGAAGCUGCAACGCGUCGACAGGAAACGCAGACCAAGGCCCUUGCAGCUUUGAAGACGAAGAACCGGUUCCUGCUUCAUCUGCGCGAAGAGAGCACCAAUUCACAAGAAACACAAAGAAUUUGCGUUAUUUGUCAGGGCUCUUUCGAGCAGGGUGUGCUCACUGUCUGCGGCCAUCAAUACUGCAAGGAGUGCAUCAAUCAUUGGUGGAGCUCUCAUCGCACCUGCCCGGUUUGUAAGCGUCAUCUCGUGCUUGCAGACUUCCAUCAGAUCACGUACAAACCGCAGGAGCUACUCGCACAAGAGGAACAAUCCGAACCUUCCUCGCCAAAUCAGGGGUCUAGCAAAAGUGCGACCCCCGGAUCUACUCUCUAUGCCGACAUCAAUACCGAAACACUUGCACAGAUCAAAUCCAUCGAUUUGAAUGGCUCGUUUGGAACCAAGAUAGACACCCUCGCUCGGCACAUUCUCUGGAUCCGCAAGCAUGACCCCGGCGCAAAGGCUAUUGUUUUCAGUCAGUUCAGAGAGUUUCUCGACGUCCUUGGCACCGCAUUUAAGCAGUUCGGUGUUGGAUACUCACGCAUGGGAAAGCCUGGCGCUGUUGAUCGAUUUAGAAAUGACGCUGGUAUCGAGUGCUUCCUUCUGGACGCAAAGACCGACUCGUCCGGGCUCAAUCUCGUCAAUGCGCAGUACGUCUUCUUGGCUGAACCACUCAUCAACACAGCAAUCGAGCUUCAAGCCAUCGCCCGUGUACACAGAAUCGGCCAACAACGACCAACCACAGUCUAUAUGUACCUCAUCGGCGACACGGUUGAAGAAGCCAUCUACGAAAUCUCGGUGGCCAGGCGCUUGGCGCACAUGCAGAAAGCCACAAACAACAUCAAGAAGGAAUCCCAGCGUUCCAAAUCCUCAACUCCUGCGUUGGGUGAAGCCGCAAUUGACGCUGCCAACUCUCUGGAGCUGCAACAAGCACCUGUUUCGAAACUUCUCGUGCAGGGUAAAGGCGAUGGUGAGGUCGUUCCCAAUGAUGACCUGUGGAGUUGUCUAUUCAGUCGUGCUGCCAAGAGUCAGAGACAACAGCAACAACCUGUUCUCGUUUCUGCUGAGUUGGAAGCUGAGGUUGGAAGGCACUUGCGUGCAGAAGCAGCUGAGAACAGACGUGGCUGA